GGGUUUGGGCCAUGGUGAGGGGGCUUGAAAAGGGUGUUCCCUGGUGCCCUCCCCUGCCUAGCCACUGUCCCCUGGGGCUGGGCUGGAGGAGGACUGGCUGGGUAGGCACUAGAGCCCUGCCUGGCUCAGCACUCUGCCGAAAGGAACCCAGACAUACUCCCAGGAGUUCCCCGUCCACACCCAAGGGAAAGGGGCCCCCAGUGGGCUCCUUCCCACAGAACCAAAGAGAUCUUCUCUGGGGGUCCCUGUGUUGUGAGGCUCUGCUUCAGCUGGCUGCAGGCCCAGGACAACAGGUCUGGGAAGGGGAGGUGGUGACCUCCAUAUGGGGUCCGGAGAGCCCCUCACCGGAAGUCUAGGAGCACAGACAGUGGGUGCCAGUGAGCCUUGAGUUUGGGAGGGGAGUGGUGGCUCCAGGACCCCUAGGUUUGGGAGGAGGGGUGAGCAGGGCCGGGAGAGCAGCAGCCCUGUUCUGGUCCUGGGAGGCCUGCGCUCUGAGCAGGCCGUGGCUCUCCCAGGAUGUCUGAGGAGAUCAUCACCCCGGUGUACUGCACGGGCGUGUCAGCCCAAGUGCAGAAGCAGCGGGCCAAGGAGCUGGGCCUGGGCCGCCAUGAGAAUGCCAUCAAGUACCUGGGCCAGGACUACGAGCAGCUGCGGGCAACAUGCCUGCAACAAGGGGCCCUCUUCCGCGAUGAGGCCUUCCCUCCCGGGCCCCACAGCCUGGGCUUCAAGGAACUGGGCCCCAACUCCUCCAAAACCUACGGCGUCAAGUGGAAACGGCCCACGGAAUUGUUCUCAAACCCCCAGUUCAUCGUGGACGGAGCCACCCGCACGGACAUCUGCCAGGGGGCUCUGGGGGACUGUUGGCUGCUGGCUGCCAUCGCCUCCCUCACUCUCAAUGACACCCUCCUGCACCGAGUGGUCCCACAUGGCCAGAGCUUCCAGGAUGGCUAUGCUGGCAUCUUCCACUUCCAGCUGUGGCAGUUUGGGGAGUGGGUGGACGUGGUGGUAGAUGACCUGCUGCCCACCAAAGAUGGAAAGCUGGUGUUCGUGCACUCCGCGCAAGGAAAUGAGUUCUGGAGCGCCCUGCUGGAGAAGGCCUAUGCCAAGGUGAAUGGCAGCUACGAGGCCCUGUCGGGGGGCAGCACCUCGGAGGGCUUUGAAGACUUCACAGGUGGGGUCACGGAGUGGUACGAGCUACGGAAGGCCCCCAGUGACCUGUACAGCAUCAUCCUCAAGGCGCUGGAGCGAGGCUCCCUGCUAGGCUGCUCCAUUGACGAGCACUGCCCUGCUCCUGACCCACCCCCACUUCCCGCAGCCACCUUCUGGGUGAACCCCCAGUUCAAGGUCCGGCUGGAGGAGGUGGACGACGCGGAGGAGGAGUACGGAGGCCGCGAGUCCGGCUGCAGCUUCGUGCUCGCCCUCAUGCAGAAGCACCGCCGCCGCGAGCGCCGCUUCGGCCGCGACAUGGAAACCAUCGGCUUCGCCGUGUAUGAGAGACCAGAAGAAGCAGGCUCAGAUGGGAAGGGAUGUGGAGUCCCUCUGGAGCCCAGCCUUCCCUCCAGCCGGGGCCCACACAGGGGCGGGGCUGGGGCGCCCCUCAUGUGUCCUCCGCCCUUCUCGGUCCAGCAAGUGCUCUCCGAAGAGGAGAUUGACGAGAGCUUCAAGGCCCUCUUCAGGCAGCUGGCUGGGGAGGACUUGGAGAUCAGCGUCAAGGAGCUGCGGACCAUCCUCAACAGGAUCAUCAGCAAACACAAAGACCUCAGGACAAAGGGCUUCAGUCUGGAAUCGUGCCGCAGCAUGGUGAACCUCAUGGACCGUGAUGGGAACGGGAAGCUGGGCCUGGUGGAGUUCAACAUCCUAUGGAACCGUAUCCGGAACUACCUGGCCAUCUUCCGGAAGUUUGACCUGGACAAGUCGGGCAGCAUGAGUGCCUACGAGAUGCGGAUGGCCAUCGAGUCUGCAGGCUUCAAGCUGAACAAGAAGCUGUACGAGCUCAUCAUCACACGCUACUCGGAGCCUGACCUGGCCGUGGACUUCGACAACUUCGUGUGCUGCCUGGUGCGCCUGGAGACCAUGUUCCGGUUCUUCAAAACUCUGGACACAGAUCUGGAUGGAGUUGUGACCUUUGACCUGUUUAAGUGGUUACAGCUGACCAUGUUUGCUUGAGGAGGGGCUCUGGCCUGUCCGCCGUGUUCCCCAUCUGCUACGCCAUGCCUCGCACCGGCCACCCCCACUGCAAGUGCCUUUUCUGGAGCAUGGGGGCCUUCCCUCUGUCUCCCCCAUCCCAGCCACCAUGAUCGUCUCCCGGGCAGAGCUGGGCGGCCCUCCCGCCUCUGCGACCUUGUCCAUCGCCAAACAGGAAGGCAGCUCUUGCUUGUUGCCACCUCGGGGUGUGCGGGCUCCCUAACCCCCGCCCCCGGGGCCGCCCCCAAGCCCCCACUCACCUGCCUCGCCGCAGGCUUUCAACCACAACCACUAGCUGACACAGUCGGGGAAACUGGCUGUGCAGAGCCCCCCUCCUGACAGGGGCCUCCCCCAGGUCAGGGGCGUCUAUGUCCCAUGUGCCCCGAGGCUGCCCCCUGCCCCUGCCCCUGCCCCUGCCCUUACUUGGAAGCAGCCCAUCCGGAGAGGGCUCCCCCAACUCCUGCUUUUUUAUAUUGUUGAUCCCAAGGGGACUGCAGAAAUGGACUCACUGGUUAUCGGUGCUGUAGGCGCCAGCACACGAGGGGUAGAGGGGCCUCCUGUUUCUACUCAGAGGAACCCCAAUAAAGAAGACAAGGCCCCCA